GUAUUUAUCCAAGACUGGUCCUGCAAUUUGAGCUCAAGAGAAAUAUCCUUUAUUUUAUUCUGGAGACUUAUGUGCCAAGCAGUCUGCUUGUCAUUUUGUCUUGGGUUUCUUUCUGGAUCACCCUGGAUUCAGUUCCUGCACGAACGUGUAUUGGUGUAACCACAGUGCUCUCAAUGACAACUUUGAUGAUGGGGUCCCGAAAGUCAAUGACAAAUGCCAAUGGUUUCAUAAAAGCCAUUGACAUUUAUCUGGGCAUCUGCUUCAGCUUUAUAUUUGGGGCAUUGGUGGAAUAUGCAGUAGCUCAUUACAUCACAUCACAGAAACAUUCAGCUAACGAGACCCAAAAGGCUUUUGUAAAAGAUGCCACCAGAGAAACUGAAAAUAAAACCACCAUCGAUAUAUUCAAUACGCCACUCACUGCCAGUUUCAAUCAAAAAAUAAAUUUUGUCUCUGUUGAUAAUGCCUCUUGCAACAGUUUACCCUUGAGCCCAAGGGAUAAAAUUCAAUACAUCUUGAAGAAUAAACUCCAGAGACUCACCAACUAUUUCACAAUUCAAAAUCCAAGCAAAAUUGAUUGCUAUUCGAAAUGGUUAUUUCCUUUUUUUUUCAUACUAGUCAAUCUGUUCUACUGGGGCUAUUACUUGAUUUUCUAGAAAAGUGCCUUUUCUUUGUAGAAGAAAAACUGAAAAUGGGUUGGCACCAUGGAUUCGGGAUUUUACUUUCAAUUUAUGUUGAUGUUUCCACUGAUGUAGCAAAUACUGGCAUUUUGUUAUGAAAGGGAAGUGAAAGAAUCUGUCAAAAAGAGGCUUGGGUAGAUGGCUUGUCUGUUUUGAUUCCCUCCUCUCCCAUGCCAAAUUGUGUCUGCACUAUCAUAUUUUGGAUAUGGUCCAAACUAUAAUGUCCCUAUCUUUAGGUGGAGAAGAAGCAAGAGCCACAGACUGUGGGCCAGGAAUAAUACAGCUUUUUAAAUAUUCCUCUUCACAUGUAGGUUCAGCACCAAUGAAGAUUUGUUUCAGAUUAAAAGUCAUAGGAUUUUUCUCAGAACCACGUCCAAAUUACUUAGAACAUCUUUUUUGUAUCUUACAGUUUACAGAUCUAGGAAGUUUAGUUUAGACCAGAGAUUAGUGUGAUAUGGGAUAGGAUGAAUUAACUGAUGAUCUACAAUUGCAAUCCCAAUUGGUUCCUCAUGCUUGCUAUUUAUAUCAUGAGGAGAGAAAUCAAGGUUGGCACAAAUGAGAAUUCUUUUCCAGUGAAAAUUGGGGACCCAAUGAAGCCUGGAUUGCAACAGAAUUGAGCCUCGUUAUUUAAUACAAGAUUCUUCACUUGAAUCUGUCCAGUGCAGAUCCUAUUUGCUUUCUGAAAAGCCAAUAAGACAUCAUACCAAUUGUGACUUGUCCGUGGAGAAGAAAUUCCUGCAUGUGUGUCAGAAUAUUUCUUCUAAAAUCAAUUGAUUUUUUUUCAGUAAAGACAUAAUAAUAACAAAUUUUCUGCUGCUGUGCCAUAAAUAGGAUCCAAGACUUUAAGAUCCAUUGUAUAUUUAAUAUAGGCUCACAUUGGAUACAUUUCUAAGCCAUUUACUUUGGUGAUUAACCAUUAAACUGACCAAUGAGGUCUAAUUCAAGAAAUGUACUGCAUAUUGUGCAAUGAAUAAAAUAACUGAUGCUUCCUAUAUAAAAUAAUAGAUGGGGUUACUUGAUUUCAAAAACUCUCUGGCCUACCAAAGAUUCUCCAGUCACUUAAAUAUAUUCAUUCUGCAAACAUGGCUAAUACCGAUAUACAGAAUUUUAACUUAGGAAACAGUGUAUUUUUUGCAUUUCUGUCAACCUAGCAUUGGUUUCUACCAAAAUAGGGCAACUGGGCCCUGUAGGGGAUUUCUUUUGUAAAAAAUAAUUUUAGCAAACAUAGUAA